GCAAAGUCCCUUUGCCGUUGCGGCGCCAACCAAAUCCUGAAUAGUGAGACGUUGAAGGGUCGUGGUCGUGCCUCAUCUGCCACCCGCGCGGGUGCCACAGCGGGGCGGGAAGAGGCGGCCCACUCCCGAGACGGCUGGGACGGCGGACUGUUGAGACGAGCAAGUGACCGAGUCGCGCGGUUGCUAAAGCCGGUGGAAUUGAGGCGACAAUCGAUCCACCCUUGCACAAAGGUCGGCUUCUGA